AUGGCAGACCCCAGGGACUUGGGGAAGAAUAGUCAGUUUUGCAAACUUCGACGGCAACUGGCCCGAAAGCUCCGUCGCAUUAAUAAUGCAUGGUGGACGGAGAAGGCGAAGCAGAUGGAAUGCUACGCCGAACGCCGUCAACACAAGGAAUUCUUUGACUCCUUUAAGGCGGUGUAUGGACCGAGAUUGGAGCCGCUGAGGACGCUGAUCGAUGGUAGUUCAGGCGCUACCUGCACACAGACUGCAGACAUAAUGCAGAUCUGGCGGAAUUACUUUGACUGUCUCUUGAACAACCGUUCAGAGAUCGACUGGCCUACAUUGGACAGCCUGAAGCAGCACGAUGUGAAGGCGGAUCUGGCGGAUACGCCGACACUGGAUGAGAUGCAGAGAGCACUUGCUCAGCUGCGAAACGGCAAGUGUGCCGUUGUCAACGGGAUCCCACCUGAAGUAUUGAAACACGGCGGACCCGCGUUGCUGACUGCGCUGCACCACUUGGUGCAACGUGUAUGGAUUGAGUAG